AUGGAAGCUGCUUCGCCGCGGAAGGCUGCAAACGAACCCUACAACAGCAACCACAUCCCCGUGUUUUUGGACCGGACAUUCAGCUUCAUCGAGGACACAUCGCCAGACAUCGUGUGUUGGUCGGAAGUGGGAGAUUCGUUCAUCGUCAAAAAGGUUCUGGCAUUCGAGGGGCUCCUGCCAUCGUACUACAACCACAAGAAGUUUCUGUCCUUCGUGCGGCAGCUCAACUUCUACGGCUUCAAGAAGGUCAGGGGAAGAGGGGCGUCGUCUCGCGCGAGUUCUGCCUCCUCCUCUGCGCAGGGAGAGGCGGCAGAAGCCGAAGAGUCGGCGUCCUGGGAGGAGUUCAAGCACCCGCAGUUUCGCCGGGGCCGGAGGGAUCUCCUCGUGGGAAUCAAGCGGCAGAAGGACGACGGGCGCAUGAAGCGCAGACAAGAAGUCGGAUGCCCUGGGCAACCUCAUGGGAGAGGUGGGUAUGCUGAGCGACGACUUGAAGGUGGCCAACGGCAAGCUGGACGAUAUUGUGUCGCUCCUGUUCGGCAUGGUUAGCGGCAAUCGACCUGUUCCCGGCAACCUCUUCGUGCGGCCCCAGACCGUGGGCGGAGAUGAUGGCUUCUUCGGUUUCGGCGGCGGCGGCGGCGGCGGUGGCGGUAGCGCUGCCGACCCGGGAUUGUAUAUUACAG